AAAAGCUUUAAGUGUUUAGAGUCGGAAAAAUUGGGAGAAAAAAAAAGGUUGUGAAACGUUUUGGAGGCAGCUGGGGAUCAGACUGAGAGCAGACAGCUGAUGUUUACUGUCCUGAGCUGCAGCAGAGGAGACUUCUCUCUUCUUUAUUAAAAUAAGAUGAGAACAUGAGGAUGCUUUGAUUUGUCUGGCUGAAGGAACUUUUCAUCUCCAGAGACAAACAUACUUGGGUGUCGUGAGUCAUGGGAAGUUUCAAAGGCCACGCGCUCCCUGGAAGCUUCUUUCUGGUAGCUGGGAUCUGGUGGACAGUAAAGCACUCGCUGUGGCAUGCAAGCCGCAGGAACAAGAAUAUAGGAUCCACACGGCUGGCCAGCAGAGCGUCACAGCGCCGCCUGGAGAUCAUCGAAAGCUCUGUCAUACUCUUCUUCUCUUUUGUUGGGAUGCUGGCAGAGCAGUUCGCUGCAGGCGGACCCAAACUCCAGCUGUACGACUCUGCAGAGAAACACUGGGAGCAACUGAUGAACUGGCAGCACGCCACCAUGUAUCUGUUCUUUGGCCUGGCUGCGACUGUGUCUCUGAUCCUCCACACAACAGAGGCCGCUCCGCUGGCACUGGACAGGUUAAUGCUGGCCAUCGCUUUCUUUAAUGAAGGAUUUCUCUUCCUCUACCACCUCCAUGGCAGGAGCAUGUUGGACGUCCAUGUGCACCAGCUCCUGCUCUACGCCGUCUUCGGCCAGGCUCUGGUUGCCUUCCUGGAGGUCUUCCACCGAGGUAACAUCAUCCUGGAGCUGCUGCGCUGCUCCCUCACGCUCCUGCAGGGGAGCUGGUUCUGGGAGAUUGGUUUUGUACUGUACCCUCCCCACGGCCCUGACUGGGACCUAAAGGACCACAACAACAUGAUGUUCAUCACCAUGUGUUACUCCUGGCACCUCGCCUUUGCCAUGCUCAUGGUGGGCACCAUCUAUUGCAUCGUCGGCUGUGUGGUUCGCUCCAGACUGAGGAAGACUCCUCCGAUGGAAAUGGGACUUCUGAAGCCCAGAGACAGAGAUCCGGAGUCAGAGGAUGAGAUUUUAUGAACAGGACAUUGUGACUUGAAUUUAACACAAUUAAAUCAGGGAUAUGAUGUUUGCAGUUCCAGCAGAAGUACAACUCGAAGCAAAGUGUGCAGACAAAAGAGGAACGAGGACACGGAUUCUGGAUGCUUUACUUUAGAAAUAUAUCUCUACCUCUGCCUUAUUUAAUCAGCUGUAACCCCUUUAGCCUUACUCUCAUUGUUCAGUGCUAUUUAUUUUACUUUGGCCUAACACUUUUCAUAUACUCAUGUCAUAUCAUUUUUUUAUUAUUCAUUUGCACAUACAGUAUAAGUGAACACAUAAGGGUCAGCUUUUUUAUGGAUUGCAUGCUUUUCAUUUGACUUGACAAACUUCUCUUGUCAGACAUUUUGGUGUUCAGUGACGCCACCUUGUGGUGAAGACAAUCAUCAUCACCAGUACAUCGUAUAUUACUGUAAAACACAUCUUUGAUUAUUUUACAUGGCUUUUUUUGUUUUAUAAUGUUGAGUCACAUGUGUCAAAGUCAAACGCCAAAAAAAAGAAUUUUAUUAAAAUGUUUAACUGUU